UCGGCUACAAAAGACCGCGGCUGCGGCGCGUCGGGGGAACUUUCCAGAACGCUCGGUGAGAGGCGGAGGAGCAGCGGCUGCCCGAGCUGCGCACAGCAACGCGCUCCCUCUCGCUCCCCCACCCCGGCCUCGGCCCGCUCACCGGCUGUAGACAAUGGUGAAGGAAACCACAUACUACGAUGUUUUGGGGGUCAAACCCAAUGCCACCCAGGAGGAAUUGAAAAAGGCUUACAGGAAACUGGCCUUGAAGUACCACCCUGAUAAGAAUCCAAACGAAGGCGAGAAGUUUAAACAGAUAUCUCAAGCUUACGAAGUGCUCUCUGAUGCAAAGAAAAGGGAAUUAUAUGAUAAAGGAGGAGAACAGGCCAUUAAAGAAGGUGGCGCAGGUGGCGGUUUUGGCUCCCCCAUGGACAUCUUUGAUAUGUUUUUUGGAGGAGGAGGAAGGAUGCAGAGAGAAAGGCGAGGUAAAAAUGUUGUACAUCAGCUCUCAGUAACCUUAGAAGAUUUAUAUAACGGUGCAACCAGGAAACUAGCUCUGCAAAAGAAUGUGAUUUGUGACAAAUGUGAAGGCCGAGGUGGUAAGAAAGGAGCCGUCGAGUGCUGUCCCAAUUGCCGCGGUACUGGAAUGCAGAUAAGAAUCCACCAGAUAGGACCUGGCAUGGUUCAGCAGAUCCAAUCUGUGUGUAUGGAGUGCCAAGGCCACGGGGAACGCAUCAGUCCUAAAGAUAGAUGUAAAAGCUGCAACGGAAGGAAGAUAGUUCGAGAGAAGAAGAUUCUAGAAGUUCAUAUCGACAAAGGCAUGAAAGAUGGCCAGAAGAUAACAUUCCAUGGCGAAGGCGACCAAGAACCAGGACUGGAGCCAGGAGACAUUAUCAUUGUUCUAGAUCAGAAGGACCAUGCUGUCUUUACUCGACGAGGAGAAGACCUUUUCAUGUGUAUGGACAUACAGCUGGUUGAAGCAUUGUGUGGCUUCCAAAAGCCAAUAUCCACUCUUGACAACCGAACCAUAGUCAUCACCUCUCAUCCAGGUCAGAUUGUCAAGCAUGGAGAUAUCAAGUGUGUGCUAAAUGAAGGCAUGCCAAUUUAUCGCAGACCGUAUGAAAAGGGUCGCCUAAUCAUCGAAUUUAAGGUAAACUUUCCUGAGAAUGGCUUUCUCUCUCCUGAUAAACUCUCCUUGCUGGAAAAACUCCUACCUGAGAGGAAGGAAGUAGAAGAGACUGAUGAAAUGGACCAGGUAGAACUGGUGGACUUUGAUCCGAAUCAGGAAAGACGGCGCCAUUACAAUGGAGAAGCGUAUGAGGAUGAUGAGCAUCAUCCCAGGGGUGGUGUUCAGUGUCAGACCUCUUAAUGGGGCCAGUGACCAACACUCACUGCUGGCAUUUUUUAUGCGGUAGUGAAUGAGUGAAGGACUAUAAUCAGAAUAUGCUCACUACUUGCUAUUGUUUUUGUUUUAAUAUUCAACUAUAGUAGUGUUUUAAAAGUUAAAUGAAGAAUAAACUCAAGUAUAAAAGCUCUGACUUUGCCCUGUAUGUAUGAUGACUUCAGUGUGCAAGAUAAGUUUAAUACCUGUAAAAACUACUUUAAAAAGAAUUUUCCCCUAGCGUUUGUUAGGCCAUACCUUGUAAUUGAUUUCAGCUGUGUACGUGGACUAGCUUAGACUGAAAUGCCAGGUAUAUGUAUUGACUUCAGUGUAUGACCCUUCAUUGUAAACUAUGAAAUUAAAACUGUGUUAACUGGCAA